UUAUAGUUUAACUAUUGAAAACAAGAUUAUUACCAACAGUUGUAAAAGUUCAUUUAAUGACAAUGACGAUGAUGACAAUGCUAAUACAAAUAUAGUCAAGACUGGGUGUGAAAAUUAUAGGAAUGCGCCACAUGCUACUCCAGCUAAAUAUCAAUUAAAAAAAUUGAACACAAUGCGCGAGGCGCUUUUCUCACAGGAUGGCUGGGGAUGCCAGCAUGUUAAUCAGGAUACCAAUUGGGAGGUACCCAGUUCACCGGAGCCGGCUAAUAAAGAUCCAUCAGUGCCAUCGAUGUGGAAGCCGAACAUUAACAAUGGCACCGAUUUAUGGGAAUCGAAUUUAAGAAACGGAGGCCAGCCACCUACUCAACAAGUGCCAAAGCCAUCAUGGGGCCACACGCCGUCGUCCAAUUUGGGUGGUACUUGGGGUGAGGAUGAUGAUGGUACAGAUAGCACAAGCGUUUGGACUGGUCAAUCAUCGAAUAGUGCAGCAUCCAAUGUUCCUGUGGGCGCCAACGUCCCGGGAGUUGGAUCAUCAACGGGGCCUCAGUGGGGGCAAGGCGUCGGAGUUGGAGUGGGUGUUGGAGUUCCCUUAAAUACAUCUGGAAACAAUACUGUGCCAACAACUGGCGCACUGCCUGUUGUCGCACCUGGAUGUGGAAGUAACGGAAAUAAUUUAAGUGGCACUGGAGCUGUUGGAGGAGGAGCUGGCGCUAAUGUUGGUAAUACUGGCAAUGGCUGGGGAGAUCCUCGGGAUAUGCGACCGUUAGCCGGAGCUGGGGGCGGUGGCCCAAUUGACAUUCGAAACGUCGAUCCGCGUGACCCGAUAACAAUACGUGGGGUUGGCGCGCCAACUGGCGAUCCAAGGGAUUUACGUAUGAUUGACCCAAGGGAUCCGAUACGCGGCGAUCCGCGUGGUAUAUCGGGUCGUUUAAAUGGUACAUCCGAAAUGUGGGGCCAUCAUCCACAGAUUGCCCACAAUCCAAUUCAAAAUAUCAACAAGCUGGUUGGGCCUGUUGUAGGCGCUGCUGGAGCAAAUAUUACAAAUUCAAAUAUUGGUCCAGCUGGCGUUGGCUCCAUCUCAAGUAACAUUGGAGCACAAUGGGGUGCCGCGCCACAACCUGUCGUUGGCGUCGGCGGUGGUAGUGUUGGUGUUGGAGUUCCUAAGGACUUAGCGAAGCAAAUAACAGGAUGGGAGGAACCAUCCCCGCCACCACAACGACGAAAUAUACCCAAUUAUGAUGACGGGACUUCACUAUGGGGACAACAGACGCGUUUACCAGGCAGCGGUGCCCACUGGAAGGAUAUGACGGACUCGAUGAGCCGCAGUCACUUGAUGCGUUCCACAAAUCCAUCGAGCCAAAUUGUUGGCAGUAGUAAUGUGCCCGGUGGUGUUGGGAAUCCAAAUAACACAAUGGCUGGAGUCGUUGGGCCACAGUCCCGAUUGUCAAACACAUCCGGACCAGGUGGAGCAGUUGGAGUUAGUGGACAGCAUGGAAAACCGGAUUCUGGUGCCAUGUGGGUGCAUCCAAAUAAUAGUGGAGCUGCCGGUGGAGGCCGAAAUGCUCAACAAGUCAGCUCCUGGGGCGAUGAUAGUCACAAUGUUGGUGUCGUUGGUGCUGGUGGUGGUUCUGUCGGCGGCACCAAUUGGGUUGAUGAUAAGCAGAACAGUUCACUUGCUCAAAUUGGCGGAAAUUCAACAUCUUGGAGCGACUCCCCGUCUGGUGGCGUGGGAUGGGGCAAUAAACAAAACAAAUUAUCAACAGCAGGUGGCGCCUCAUCUAGCUGGAGCAAUCCAAACACAGUUGGCGGCAAUGUCGAAGGUAAUGAUAUAUCUUCAGACUGGCCACAUGGUGGCGCAAUCGUUGGUAAAGCACAACAGCAACAGCAGCAGCAACAACAACAGCAGCAACAGAAGCUUGCUGGCAUUAAUGUUGGAGUUAGUAUACUUAACACAGAUAUUGUGAAGCAGAGCAAGCAAUAUAGAAUUUUGGUGGAGAAUGGCUUUAAAAAGGAAGACGUUGAGCGAGCAUUGCUGAGUAGCAAUAUGAAUAUAGAGGAUGCAGCUGAAAUGUUGCGUGCCAAUACAAGUUCAUCAUUGGCGACAAUCGAUGGCUGGCGCCGUCACGAUGAAGUACUUGGUUCCUAUGCCGAUCACUCAAAUACUACGAAUAGUGGUGGAUUUCCACAACGUUAUCCAGCACAACCUUCAAUGUCAUUCCCUCCGAAUAAUCUUAUGACGAAUAUAAGUGGGACAGCUGUAACUGGUGGCAAUAAUCCAAAUAUGGCUGCAUUGCAAGUGCAAAAAUAUUUAAACCAAGGCGGCGGACCCCCACAUGGCGUUCCGCUUGGACCACAAUCUGUAAACGCAUCAAAUGCAUCAGUUGUUGGAUUCUGCCAAAAUCCACCGAAUUCAGCGCCAGCGGUCAAUAUGGCAUCAAAUGCUAAUAAUCAACCAUCGGGCCAGCAUAUUCGUAUGCUUGGUCAGCAAAUCCAAUUGGCCAUACACAGUGGCUUUAUAUCCAGUCAAAUUUUGACACAGCCUCUAACACAAACAACGUUAAAUUUAUUGAAUCAACUACUCAGCAGUAUAAAGCAUCUUCAAGCAGCACAGCAAUCACUUUCUAGAGGCGGCAAUACCAAUCAAAUGGUUGUCAAUUUAGCAAUCGCCAAAUAUAAACAACAAAUCCAGAAUUUACAAAACCAAAUCAAUGCACAACAGGCUGUUUAUAUAAAGCAGCAGAAUUUGCAACAAAAUUCACAGCAGCAGCAGCAGCAUCAAUCCGGACAUUUGAAUAAUUCUGGAAAUGAUUAUUUAAGAAAUCAUGAUGCAAUUGCUUCACUACAAGGAAACUUUCCGGAGCUUAAUCUUAAUAAGCCAAGUGGCUAUCAGGGUGCGCCUAAUCAGCAGUCUCGCUUAAAUCAGUGGAAGCUUCCAGUAUUAGAAAAGGACACCAUUGCAGCAGAUAGUACUGACUUUUCACGAGCUCCGGGUGCAACCAAACAAAAUUUAUCUAGCAACUCAAGCAACAUGGGUCCAUUGGGUCUACAAAAUGAUGGUACUUGGUCUACUGGACGAAAUAUUGGCGAUGGUUGGCCAGAUCCAUCAAUUGAUAAUGAGAACAAAGACUGGUCAGUUGCACCAACAGCAGCUGCGUAUACCGACUUGGUUCAGGAGUUUGAACCUGGCAAGCCAUGGAAGGGUUCUCAGAUAAAAAGCAUUGAAGAUGAUCCAAGUAUAACUCCAGGAAGCGUUGCUCGAUCUCCAUUGUCCAUCAAUCCGACGCCAAAAGAUGCUGAUAUUUUUGCCAAUACUGGUAAGAACUCACCGACUGAUCUGCCACCAUUAAGUUUAUCGUCGUCAACGUGGAGUUUUAAUCCAAACCAAAAUUUUCCUAGGUAUGUGUUAAAUCGAUAUGUAUAUAACAAUAUAAUCAAUCAAGUGUAUCUUAACAUUUCUAUAUAUAUAUCUAGUUGGUCAGACAACACUCAACAAUGUGCCACCUCAGAACUCUGGACGAGUCCUCUCAAUAAAAGCUCAUCAAGAGGUCCUCCACCAGGCUUAAGCACAAAUAAAGCGGGUGGCGUUACUGCUACUACAACACCAUCUCCUACAGUCACCGGUAAUUCCAACGGCUGGCCAAAUCGAAGUGUACCGGGCACUAACACAACUUGGACUGGCAACGCCAGUUCAUGGAACUCGAGUUGGUUGCUUCUAAAAAAUUUAACUGCUCAGAUUGACGGUCCUACUUUACGAACAUUGUGUUUGCAACAUGGUCCACUUGCUAGCUUCCACCCAUACUUAAACCAGGGGGUUGCCUUAUGUAAAUAUGCAACGCGUGAGGAGGCUAACAAAGCUCAAAUGGCGCUCAACAAUUGUGUGCUUGGGAACACAACGAUUUACGCCGAAUCGCCGAGCGAGAACGAGGUGCAGAAUAUACUGCAGCAUUUGCCACAACAACAACAAGCUCCGUCCACCACUAACGCCGGCAGUGCAGUCGUUAACAAUGGCACUGGUACCACUGGCGGUGGUAGUAGCUCUGGUGGCACAAGCCUAUCUAGUGGUAGCAACAGUAGCAAUGGGAAUGGCAAUGGCAGCGGCGGCAACGGCGGAACCAUCAGCGUAUCAAAUUCUGCCGGUUCGGUUGGCGUGCCCAGCAGCAAUGCCAGUGGAGCUGUUGGGGGCUCGGUCGGUGGCGGCAGUGUCGGUGGUAACAAUAAUAAUAGUAACGGGAGUAACAAUAUGAAUCAAUCAACUGUGAAUGGUGCUACAAGUGGUUGCAAUACCAAUACCAAAAACGUCGUUACCAACAGCACGCCCGGUGGAGGUGUUGGCGGCAACAAUAUGACUGUUGUUGGCCAAUCAAACGCUGCCGCUGCUGCGACCAGCGCCAAUUCUACGUGGCGCCAAACAACACAAGCUCUACAGGGUCCAAAUAGGCCACCCGGUAGGGAAGCAGACUAUGAUUAUAUAUCUCAAUUCGUUUGUUCCAUUGUUGAUGAUUAGUGUGAUGAUAAUAGUGAUGAUGAUUGACUAUAAUGUUAUAUCUGUC